AUGGUUGUCUUCUUCUUCUUCUUCCAAGAAGCGUCUUCCUUUCUGUUGUUCUUUUUUUCAUUCUUCCUUUUUUCCAUUAUUUCAUUCUUUUUCAUUCUCCCCUGUUUUCAUUCCUCUCAUCAUUUUUCGUUCUCCUUUUUUCAUUUCUUCUUUUUCAUUUUUCAUUCUUCCUUUUUUCAUUUUUUUCACUCUUCCUUUUUUCAUUUUUUUCAUUUUUUUCAUUUUUCCUUUUUUCAUUUUUUUCAUUUUUCCUUUUUUCAUUUUUUUCAUUUUUCCUUUUUUCAUUUUUUUCAUUUUUCCUUUUUUCCAUUUUUUUUUCGUUCUUCUUCAUUCUUUUGCUUUUUUCUCAUUCAUUUUUUUUUAUUUUCUACAUUCUUUUUUUCAUUCUUCAUUUUUUUUUUAGUCUUCCUUUUUUUUUUUUUCAUUUUUCCACAACGAUUCCUUAUUUCUGAAUUUAUUUUUAGGCUCCUGUUCACAUGUAUUUUUCACUCUCUCUCUCAAUCUGUUCAUAUUUAUUUAAGUCUGUUCACCACUUUCUCUCUCUCUCUCUCUGUGUUCAUAUCUAUCUAUCUAUCUAUCUAUCUAUCUAAGUCUGUUCAUGUCUCUCUCUCUCUGUUUAUAAAUAUCUAA